AUGGCGCUGUUGCGAGCGUCCGCCAAGCUGCUGCCGUCGGGGCCGCGCCUCUCGCGCCGCCUGUCCGCGCUGUCGUUCGUGCCGCAGCUGCGCGCGUCCAUCCCGGAGUCGCUGCCGGCCAUCCACCGGCUCGUGGAGCGCUACGAGCGCGACGUGCAGACGUUCCGCCCCAGCGAGAGCAUCCAGUCGGACGUCGUGUUCGCCAACAACCACCUGCGGCUCUCGGGCAUCGACGUCGUGGGUUUCGACUAUGACUACACGCUGUGCCACUACACGGAGGAGCUGCAGCACCUCAUCUACGCCAUGGCCAGAGACUACAUGGUUGUGGGCAAGCUGCGGUACCCGGAGGGCGUGUCCGUGCUGCAGUACGACCCGAGCUUCGCUAUCCGCGGUCUGACCAUCGAUAAGCAGAAGGGGUUACUGUGCAAGAUCAGCUCGCACCAGAAGCUGUCCAACACGGCGGUCUUUCGGGGCCGUCAGCGGCUCUCGCGGGACGAGAUCAUGGAGCUCUACGGGGGCUCGAGGCACAUCCCCGUGCACGACCGCGACUACAAUAUGGAGCCACUCAACGACUUGUUCAGUGUCGCGCACGCCUGUCUCUUUGCCGACGUCGUGCAGUACAUGAUCGACCGCGACAUCGAGUACGAGCCGAUCGCGCUGGUGGAGGACGUGAACCAAGCCAUCACCAAUGUUCACCUUAGUGGCGACAUGCACAAGGAGGUGGCGCUCGACCUGCCCAAGUACAUCGAGCCCAACCCGACGUUGAGGCCGUUGCUGGAGCGCAUCCGGAGCUCUGGCAAGAAGAGCUUUUUGUGCACGAAUAGCUCGUUCCUGUACAUCAACGCUGGCUUGAAGUACAUGCUGGGAGAUGACUGGCGAGAGCUCUUUGAUGUGGUUAGCGUCAGUGCGCGGAAGCCAAAGUUCUACACUCGCCAGCGCUCGUUCCGCAUGCUGGACAUUGGACACAAACAAGUGCAGUGGCACGCGGUGCGAGAACUGCGCAGGGGUGAGGUGUACACGCAGGGCAGUGUUUAUCAAUUGUCAAAGUUGACGGGAUGGGUCGGUAGUCGAGUGCUGUACAUUGGCGAUAACCUGUUCUCGGAUUUGGUGGAACCUUCUCGGGCAAAUGGCUGGCGGACGGGUGCGAUCAUCCGUGAACUGGAAGAUGAAAUGCGAGUGCAGCGAACGUCAGAAUAUCAGAAGCUGGCCUUCCAGAUCAACAAGAUCGAAGAGUUGAUGCGCAACUUUCAGAACGAGUUGCGCUCGGAGGCGAUUCCACAGAACCAUGCCUUCGUGGACCAGCUUGUCAACGUCCACGAAGCAGUUCAGAUGGAGAUGGAGAACCUGAUCAACGUUAACUUUGGAUCAGUGUUCCGAGCUGAUACCUACCCAUCCCAGUUUGCAUUCGUCGUCCAGCGCUACGUGGACAUUUAUUCGGCGCGGCUCGAGAAUCUGCUGGAGUACCCGUCCAACCACACGUUCUACCCUGAGCGAAUCGCCAUGCCACACGAGCACCCUGCAGGGGCUCCACGGUACGAGUAGAACAGGAGCAGCAACGUUUGACAUUGACGUGGAUUAUGACACGUGGCACUGAACAUCGGCUUCAGCUUGGUCUCAAUCAAAUGAGUAAUCCGACAGCAGCCCCGAGAUCGAAG